UGUGUCUGGUACUUCCUGGAUCCUGGAGGGGAGACUGUCCCAGCUGUGUACACAGGUUGUUGGGUCCUAAUGGCAGCUGUAGACAGCUUUCAUCUUUUAUAUCGAGAAGUGGCAAGGUCUUGUCACAACCACUUUGAGUUUCUGGCUGUAGUGGGAGCUCUGUACACAGCAAGAAAAGGCAUCAGUAUUUUAUAUGAGUGCUACAGUGUGGUUAGACUACAUGUCACUCCACAUAUCCUCAGAAGGAGAGACCUGGUCAAGCAGUAUGGAGCGUGGGCAGUUGUCACUGGAGCCACUGAUAUCAUUGGAAGGGCUUACGCAGAGGAGUUGGCGAGUCGCGGUCUGAAUAUUAUCCUGAUAUGCAGUAAUAGAGAAGAGCUACACAAUGUCUCAGAGGCAUUAGCUGAGACUUAUGGAGUUAACACCAGUAUCAUUCAUGCCGAUUUCCGCAAGGGACCUGAAGCAUACGUUUCCAUCAAAGAGAUUCUGAGAGAUUUUGAUGUUGGUAUUUUGGUUAACAAUGCCAGGGUGUUGUAUGAAUAUCCACAAAGUAUUAUGGAGAUUCCAGAGGACAAAGUAUGGGAAAUCAUCAAUGUCAAUGUUGCUGCAGCAGUUUUGAUGGUGCGUAUAGUGGUCCCGGGUAUGGCACAGAGGAAGAGAGGAGCCAUUGUCAAUGUGUCCCCUGGAACUGGAUCCCGACACAGCGCUCAUACUCAGAUAGCUGCAUCUAAGGCUUACUUGGACAAAUUCAGCAGACAGCUGCAAUGUGAGCUUCGGUCCAGUGGAAUAUUUGUACAGUUGUUAACUCCUCUGUGUGUGGAAGACAAACAGGAGCCUUCUGCUGGGAUUUCACAAUACCUGCCUGCAUUUGUCCCCUCAUCUGAUGUUUAUGCACGACAUGCUGUAAGAACACUGGGGAUCUCUUCCAGGACCACCGGAUACUGGGCCCACUCUUUGCAGCUUCUUGCAUUCCAGUGGGUACCUGUCUGGAUGUGCACAUCAAUAGGAAGAGUUUUUCAGUACUAA